AUUUACAAAGCACAACUCUCAAUGAUUCAUCUCAGGUCCCGUGUAAUCUCCAUUUCCAAGAACUCAAAACUAUUUCCUUUUAAGCUUAUUUAUAUUCACAAGUCACUACCCACAACACCUCAACACUCGGACCAAAAUCCAAUAGAAUAUAUAGCAUGGCUCACUUCCUUCUCGUUACAUUCCCAGCGCAAGGCCAUGUCAACCCUUCCCUCCAAUUCGCUAAGUGCCUCAUUCACUUGGGAGCACAGGUCACCUUUGCCAUCACCAUUAGUGCCCACCGUCGCAUGAUCAAGAGUCCUCCUCCAGACGGCUUGUCGUUUGUCACCUUCUCUGAUGGCUACGACGACGGAUGUUCCCUGGAUGAUGCCCAGAACCACUUCGAUCAGCUCAAGGGCAAUGGCUCCAAAACUCUCACUCACCUUAUUGUGUCCAGCGCCAACCAGGGUCGUCCCUUUACUUGCUUAGUCUACACACUGCUUCUACCUUGGGCUGCUGACGUGGCUCGUGAACUUCACCUUCCUUCCACGCUUCUUUGGAUUCAACCUGCCAUGGUUUUGGACAUAUAUUACUACUACUUCAACGGUUUUGCCGAUGUUAUCAGAAACGACAACAAUGACUACCCCUCAUCUUCGAUAAAGUUACCGGGACUACCAUUACUCACUAGCCGUGACCUACCCUCCUUUUUUCUUGCUUCCAACACUCACACUUUUGCUCUCCCAAUGAUUCAAGCCCACUUUGAAGCGCUUGAAAAGGAGAACAAUCCUAGAGUUCUAGUGAAUACCUUUGAUGCACUAGAGCCUGAGGCCUUGAAGGCGAUUGAAAAGUUUAAUUUGGUUGCAGUUGGACCUCUACUUCCAUCAGAUAAGUCAUUUGGAGGAGAUGUUUCCAAAGACUACAUCGAAUGGCUCAACUCUAAGCCUGAAUCAUCGGUUAUUUAUGUUUCAUUUGGGAGCUUAGCGGUCUUAAUGAAGCAACAAAUGGAGGAAAUUGCACGCGGAUUGUUGAAUUGUGGGCGGCCCUUCUUGUGGGUCAUAAGAGCUAAGGAACAUGGAGAAGAAGAGAAGUUGAGUUGCAGAGAGGAAUUGGAACAAAUGGGAAUGAUAGUGCCGUGGUGUUCCCAGGUGGAGGUCUUGUCACAUCCUUCACUAGGAUGCUUUGUGACACAUUGUGGGUGGAAUUCAACUUUGGAGAGUUUGGUUUCAGGGGUGCCGAUGGUAGCAUUUCCACAGUGGUCUGAUCAAGGGACGAAUGCGAAGCUAAUUGAAGAUGUAUGGAAGACAGGAGUGAGGAUGAUAGUGAAUAAGGAUGGGAUUGCUGAAGGUGAUGAGAUUAAGAGAUGCUUGGAAUUGGUUGUGGGAGAUGGAGAGAGAGGAGAAGCAAUUAGAAGGAAUGCCAAGAAAUGGAAGGAGUUGGUGAUGGAGGCUGCCAACGAAGGUGGUUCUUCCUAUAACAACCUCAAAGCUUUUGUGGAUGAGAUUGGUGAAGGUAAUGUCGUUGUUGAAAGAGUGUAGGUCUGCUGUUGAAAUAAAAGAAGUGUUUGUUUUUAUGUCCACUUUCAUAUAUUAAUAUAUGUACAUUUUUAUAUAAAUUGUGAAUAUAGAUAUAAAACAGUGGAGAUAAACGAUUGUAUAUUGAUUAAUUUAUGUUUUUCCCCUUUUGUCUUACC